GCACGGAGCGAAUUCACGCCGUUGAAUUUUUAGUUCAACGGCGUUAAACGCGUUCAAUUGCGUUUAACGCGAUUUAACGAGAUUUAAUGCAGCCGUUCGGGGACCUGUUCGCGUCGGGCGGCGGGGUCGGACGGGUGUUCGGGGGUGUUGCGGUUGGAGCAGGGGGGGGCUUAGGGGCAGGCACGACAGGUGUAGGGGCCAGCGAGGGGGAAGGUUGUGUUCGGAGGGUUUCCAGGGUUCAUUUCGGAAGGUCGACAGGUCUUCAGGUCGGAGGUUCAGAGCGGCGAAUGGGACACUCGCGAUGGGGAGGGCACAGCGGCGCGAGCAUGAUCCCGCUUCUCCAGAUGUGCAGGACACGUUCAGGGUUUGCAGCGGAGCGUGGACUUGAUGUGCCCAGGGCCGGUGCAGUGACGGGAGGAGAGGCGGUGCAGCGGCCGUGGGAGGUGGUGGGGGGGGGAGAGAUUGGGCAUGGUGAGCCCGACCAGUCAUUGGGGGGUAGAGGCGGUGGCAUCGAGGGGGACGUGAUCAUCGACGAUCGCGAGGCACGUGGCACGACCCGGGAGGGAUUCCCGGGACACGAGGAUCAGCCCGAGUUCGAUCCAUUGAUGGGGGAGAGGAUCGUGGACUGGCAGCGGCGAGGGGGCAAGGGGCAACAGCCUCCUCUGCAGGAACCGACGGGGGAGGGUUCUUCCAAGAGGAAGGAAGGGGGAGCUGUUCCGGCUACCACUCAAGAUGGAAAGAGGCUUAGACAACAGAAGGUGGAUGAGGUGUACGGUGGCGAGUGGGUUGCUCGCCACAAAAAGGCCUUCCUUUGCUGGCCUUAUUCCAGCGGGGUUUCCUUCAAUGCCUUUCGCAAUGAGGCAUGGAGGGCAUAUCAGCAGGUGCUUCUUCAACAGCCUAGCAGUUCGCCGCGCGCUGUGCUCCCUAGCCACAGCGAGAUUGCGAGCAUGCAGGCAGUGGAGAUGCACCGUGCCAAGUUGGUCGAGGAGUUGAAGGAGGAGUAUCAUGCAUGGCUUGUGAGACAAGCCAAGAGGUACAUUCUGACGCAGACGGGUUUCGAUUUGGAGGGUGCGGAGUACCUCCAGGCCUGCCGGCAGUUCGAGGACUUCCACGUGCAGCAGGGCAGGUUUGGUGAUUGGGGCGGGGUGGAGGAGCGUGCUCGUGGGCGCGCGUGUAGCGGUGACACCGAGACGAUCGAGUGCGCGUCUUGGUGGUCCCAGUACGGGGCUCGCGCCCCUGAGUUGCAGAGGUGCGCUCUUCGUGUGAUGCACAUGUGGUCUUGCGCCUCUCCAACGGAUAGGAACUGGGCAGUCCACAAAGGCAUCCACACGAAGAAGCGUAACAGGUUGGCCUUUGAGAAGGUCGUGCAGCUCAUUGAGAUCACCGCAAAUGUGCGGUUGAUAGAGUAUCGGCGGGCAAGAUGCGGUUACGUGCUGCCAUGGCAACGUAACGAGGGGAUGUUGGACCGCCAGGCAGGACUGGAGGUUGAGCCGGUCCGCACGGGCACGCGCCAGGGGAUGACGGCGGCGGAGAUUGCAGAGCAGGUUGCGCUUAUUACGCGCGAUCCCAUCAGGUCUUCCGCACCGCCAUCCGGUGAUGCCGUUUUUGAGAGACGUGCUUGCAUUUUCCGUGCGUACCCAAGGGACGGUGACUCGGAUGAGGAGCCCACACCCGAGGGAGUAGAUGACCCUACCCUGCCCAUCCCGAGCGAGAUCGACGAGACGCAUGAGGUGGCCAAUGAUGCCGAGGUGAGGACGUACAUGGCUCAGCGGGCAGCGGACCAGGCAGAGGAGGAGAUGCAGGGGGGGGACGAGGAUUUAUGGGGCCCUUUCGAGGAGGUGGCUUCCACGGGUGAUGCGCGUGCUGACAGAGGCGGGGCCUCUCAUGCCGACACGAGUUGUGCAGAGGCGGGGAGACCGACUCCUACUCCUGUCGGGCGAGAGUCGGUCGUUCAGCCACCUCCUGCGCCGAGUCAUGCACCGCCCAUCCCCGUCUCGCCUCUUCAGCCGGCCACUACACAGGCGGAGAUGGAGGAGUUGGCAUCCUCCUUGCUUCCACACGGGGUUCUGUAGAGAUCGACGGUGGUUUGACAACUGAGAUUACGAUCACCUUCCCCGG